AUGGAGUCCGAAGACGAAGUGGACGAAGAGCUGCCGGAGGUGAAACAUACAGAGGUGAACCGGAAUGAUAACAUAGAGAGGUUCGAGACGAUGAAAAUUUCCACGAAACCGAUGUCCUCGAAGACGGCAGAGCGAAGCGAGUGCCAGCUGGUGCGCUCGCCGAACCUGGAAGAACCGGAAAUCAUUGUUCCGUGCAAGGAUCCCGGCGAGACGAAGACGCAGGAAGAAUCAAAAUUACCUUUAAGCACCAGCAUCAAGACUGACGCGAAGGACAGUGAGAUCGUCAGGAUCUGCAGGAGCAAGAGGAUCAUCUGCCAGGAUACUAUACACGAGUACGACGAGGAUGAUGGACUCACUAUGGAGAAGGUCGGAAGGUACCUCGAGGCACAUCCGGAUGCUGCGGAGGCCUGGCUCCGCGAAAAAGCGAGCCUCGAGCUUCGUCAACGGCUUCAAGGCAUGGCCGUGGUUCAAUCCAAGUCGUCGCCGAGGAGCACGCACCAGGAAGAGAGCCUUCUCAGCCGGAGCAAACGGAACAGCGUCACUUCUGACCUGUUCCAGAGCUGGCUGGCCUCCAGUUCACCGGCGAAGCGCAGCAAAAGUCCCAGCAGGACGUAUUCGAGUUUAGUUGGACGAAGGGAAGAGCUCAACAGGUUGGACGAGAGUGAUUUGUUCAUGGAGCUGAUCAGAGACGUGGCGAACGAGCUGGAUAUCAACGUGCUCUGCCACAAGAUACUGGUGAACGUUGGUCUGCUCACUCACGCCGAUCGUGGCAGCCUUUUCCUGGCUAAAGGGCCUUUCGAGGACAGAUACUUGGUGGCAAAACUGUUCGACGUGACGCAGGACACCGAGUUGGAAGAGGCAAUCCAGAGAGCAAAGAACGAAGAAAUCAAGAUCCCUUUUGGAGUUGGCAUUGCUGGCUACGUGGCUCAAACCAAGGAAAUCAUCAACAUCAAGGAUGCUUACAAGGAUCCAAGAUUCAACAGUUCCAUCGAUAUGAGAACAGGCUACAAAACGACACUGAUUCUGUCCAUGCCUAUCUGCAAUUACGAGGGAGACGUGAUCGGAGUGGCUCAGAUUAUAAAUAAGACUAACGGCAGCAAUGAGUUCACUGAUAGAGACGUGGAAGUGUUCCAAAGGUACCUAACAUUUUGCGGAAUAGGCAUACAAAAUGCCCAGCUAUUCGAGCUGUCGGUGCAAGAGUACCGCAGAAAUCAGAUCCUCUUGAAUCUGGCCAGAAACAUAUUCGAAGAACAGAACAAUCUCGAGUGUCUGGUCACGAAGAUCAUGACCGAAGCGAAGGAACUUCUAAAAUGCGAGAGAUGCGCCGUCUGUCUUCUGGAUCUUGACUGUGGCGAGGCAGGACACCUCGAAAAGAUCGUCGAACGACCAGGAAAAUCGACGCAAGAGUGCCGGAAACCGCUGUCGAGGAGAGAGAGUAACAACAUCGAGAUGGAGGACAUUUUCCAACAGCACGCAUUGAACGACGCGAACAAAUUCACCACGAUCUUCGAGAUGGACAAUGAGACGCAGGAAGCUAAAGUGUACAGGCCUAGCGGAAGCGAUCUGUCGAAUCCUCUCGGUCAGAUCGCCAGAUACGUAGCUGCCACUGGCCAGAUCUUGAAUAUCGGCGACGUGGCCACGUGGCUGAAGAAGGACGUCGUUCAAGCCGGAAGUGAGCCCAUCAAGAGCAUCCUCUGCAUGCCCAUAGUUAAUGGUCAGAGGACUGUGAUCGGUGUCGCUCAAUUAAUCAACAAGGACAAUGGAACAUCCUUCACGGACUCUGACGUAUCGAUCUUCGAGGCGUUCGCCAUUUUCUGUGGUCUUGGGAUCCACAAUACCCAAAUGUACGAGUCAGCUUGCAAGCUAAUGGCCAAGCAGAAGGUAGCUCUCGAAUGUCUGAGCUACCACGCGACGGCCAGUAACGACGACACGUUGAAACUGACCUCGGAACCGAUACCGUCCGCGGAAACCUACAAUCUGUUCAGUUUCACCUUCAUCGACUUCGACCUGACCGACGAAGACACCUGUAGGGCCACCAUCAGGAUGUUCAAACAGUGUGACCUGAUCCAAAAAUUUCACAUCCCCUAUGAAGUGCUGUGCAGAUGGGUCCUUAGCGUGAAAAAGAAUUACAGGCCAGUCAAGUACCACAAUUGGAGACACGCGUUGAACGUCGCCCAGACGAUGUUCGCCAUGUUGAAAACUGGCAAGAUGGAGCAAUUCAUGACGGACCUUGAAAUCCUUGGACUCCUGGUGGCGUGUCUCUGCCACGACCUGGAUCAUCGAGGAACCAAUAACGCGUUUCAAACAAAGACGGAAUCGCCAUUGGCUAUUCUGUACUCGACCAGCACUAUGGAGCAUCAUCAUUUCGACCAGUGUGUCAUGAUCCUGAAUUCGGACAGCAACAACAUCUUUCAGAGUCUAUCGAUGGAAGAUUACAGAAGAGUGAUGAAAGUAGUAGAAAGCGCUAUACUCUCUACUGAUUUGGCAGUUUAUUUUAAAAAGAAGAACAGGUUCAUGGAACUGAUCGACGAGGGCGAGUUCGAUUGGCAGAGCGAGGAAAAGAAAGAACUGCUUUGCGGAAUGAUGAUGACAGCCUGCGACGUAAGCGCGAUCGCGAAGCCGUGGGACGUCCAGCAUCGCGUGGCUAAACUAGUCGCAGACGAGUUCUUCGACCAAGGCGAUCUGGAACGUCUGCAAUUAAACCAACAACCGGUCGCCAUGAUGGAUCGCGAAAGAAAGGAUGAGCUACCCCAGAUGCAAGUGGGUUUCAUCGACGUGAUAUGUCUACCUCUCUACAAGGUCCUCUCCGACACCUUCCCGUGGAUCAUGCCGCUCUACGAAGGUACCAUGGAAAACAGGCAACACUGGCAAGACCUAGCCGAGAAGGUCGAGAUGGGUCUCACCUGGAUCGACAGGGACACCAUCGACGAACCAGUCGAGGAAUUCGUCUCCUAUGAGCCCAAGGACAUCGAAUUCACUGUCACGACCUUAAACUGCGCCCAUGUGGACAGAAAAGAGAUUCCUGAAAAGUCCACGUUGGGAAGAUUCGCUUCGCUGAGAAAAGGGGGUCGUACCUUGAGCAAAGGCGUCAGACAUCGGAUCAGCAGGUCGCUUUACGCAAGGAGCACGCCAGAGGACGCUGCCAAGUCGAAGGCUUUGAUCCCUGACAGAAAGAGUCGCAAUAAACUGUGUCUGCUCAUUUGACGAUUUACAUCGACCACUCUUGAGAGUAUUCCGGAAUGAUGAAAGGGAUAAUUGGAGAUUUCGUGGAGAAAUAUCGUUGCGAUUAGCUCUGGUGGAUGCAAUGCAAGUCUACCCCAGUUGGCUAGCUUGCCAGCUUGCGAUUAGUUAUUG